AUGGCGGACAACGAAGAGUCGACAGAGCAGGAAAUGGAUCAAGAAGUGCAGCACGCCGACGAGUAUCGAAGGAAGUAUCAGCAAGCGAAAGUAGAGGUCACGAGGCUAGAAGAAGAGACGCAGCAGCGUAAUGCAGCGCCACCUGUGCAGGGACGAGAGUACCGACAGAACAAUCUACCGUAUCAGGAAAACAAAGGUACGUUUAAGUUACCGAAGAUUGAGCUAAAGAAAUUCAGCGGUGACGUGAGAGAAUGGCUACAAUUUUGGAGUCAGUUCAAAAAUAUACAUGAAGAUCAGACUGUCUCCAAGGAAGAUAAAUUCCAAUAUCUUCUCCAAGCAAUGGUGCCAGAUACGAGAGCCAGUGAACUCGUAAACAGUUACCCACCGACGGCCGACAAUUACGAUAAAGUGAUUGCCGGCCUGAAAAGCAGAUUUGGGAAAAACGAGCUAUUGGUUGAAGUUUACGUGCGCGAGUUACUGAAGUUGGUUCUAAGCAAUGCGAUAACGCCGAAAGGGAACGUUUCGUUGUCCAGUGUCUACGAUAGGUUAGAGACACACAUUAGAUCUCUCGAGUCACUCGGAGUGACGACCGACACAUGCGCGGCCAUGCUGUACCCGUUGGUGGAGUCUUCGUUACCCGAGGAUUUGUUACGAGCGUGGCAAAGACACACCAGUACUACAAUACAGCUUCCUCCAAGAGAACCAGGUGAUAAUGCUCCAGCGGUGCCCGUCGCUACCACACCUAAAGAUCGACUGACAAAUCUAAUGGCCUUCUUACAGGCAGAAGUAGAGAACGAGGAGAGGAUUGCGAUGGCGGUCAGCGGAUUUGGUUUGAAUCAAGAGCAGUCGACGAUAAAAGAUAAAGUAAAAAGGAAGCAUAAGGGCGAAGCUACUAAAGAAAUCGCUACGGCUUCGACACUUUUAACGACGAAAGAAGGUAAAACGCAACAGUGUAUAUUUUGCAGUGAGAAUCACGAUAGUUCGCAGUGUGAAAAGGCGAGAAAAAUGCCUAUGGAGGAAAGACAAAAUAUCGUGAAACAAAAAAACGCAUGUUUUAAUUGUUUGAAGGCAGGGCAUAGCAGUAGAUUCUGCAAAUACAAGCAGAAGUGUGCGUGGUGCGGUAGGAAGCACGUUUUACUAAUGUGUCGAGGAAUGACUGCUGAUAGAUCGACGACGAAAAACGCGAUGGACGAAUCGGCGAAGAAACAAGAAGAGAGUAGUCUAACGAAUCUUUCGUUUAACGAGGAAAUCUUCCUACAGACUCUUCAGGUAAAACUGCGCAAUCGAGGAAGGGAACGCAUUGCUCGAGUAGUGUUGGAUACGGGAUCUCACCGAUCGUAUGUUCUGAGUCGAACAGCUAAGGAGAUGGAUUAUGAGGAAGUCGGACAGCAAAAUAUAAUUCAUCUACUGUUUGGAGGCGCGAAGACUGAACCACAGGAGCACAAGGGCUACCGUAUACGCAUCAGCAGCCUGGACGACUCGUACGCUUGUAAUUUUGUAGCAUUGGGACAAGAGACGAUUUGUAAUGAUAUCCCCGGUAUAAGGCGUGGCCCUUGGAUACAGGAGUUGUCUCACAAGGGAAUAAAGCUAACAGAUGUCGGCCAGGUAAAUGAACCUAUUUCUAUACUCAUUGGAGCUGAUAUUGUGGGCAAACUGUUAACAGGCAAACUCCAAGAUCUUGAAUGUGGAGCAACAGCAAUCGAGACUCGUCUUGGAUGGACCGUGAUGGGCAAGAAUUCGCAGGGAAAAACUGCUCGAGUCGAUUCGGCGCUGUUGACAAUCUCCAUGUUCGCCCAAGACGCGAAGAUCUCUGAUCUAUGGAGCUUGGACAUAUUAGGCAUUACCGAUCCAGUCCAAACGAAAACUAAAGAAUCUCAUCAAGAACAAGUAAAGGACUAUUUCCGACAGACUGUUACUGUAAAUAAUGCCGGACGUUAUGAAGUGUAUCUGCCUUGGAAGGAGAGUCAUCCCCCGCUUUCAGAUAACAAAGAAAUAGCUGUCAAGAGAUUAGAAAUGAGUAUUAAAAGAUUGAAAUCCGAUAACCUCUUCGAAGAUUAUUGCCGAGUACUUGAAGAGUGGGCUGAGGAAGGAAUCAUCGAACCUGUGCCCCCUACCGAAGUGGAUAACCACAGCUACUACCUACCACACAGACCCGUGCUAAAGGAGAAUAGCACGACACGUCUGAGACCGGUUUUCGAUGCCUCAGCACGAGGAAAGGACUCACCUUCAUUGAAUCAGUGCCUCGAAAUCGGACCAAAUCUCAUUGAACUGAUCCCGACGAUGCUGUUACGGUUCCGAGAAAGAAGGAUUGGCGUUAUCUCAGACAUAAAAAAGGCUUUUCUUCAAAUUAGUGUGUCGCCGAAAGAGCGGGACGUACUUCGGUUUCUAUGGUGGAAUAAAGAAGAUUCAACAAAGUUAGAAGUCUAUCGGCACUGUAGAGUCGUGUUCGGAGUGACUAGCAGUCCUUUUCUGUUGGGUGCUACUAUUCAACUGCAUCUAGAGCGAGUACUACAACAGGCAACCUUAGAAGAACAGCGAGACGUCAUACGAAAACUGGAGAAAUCGUUCUAUGUGGACAAUUGCGUGACGAGCGUCGAUACGUACAAGGAAUUAAAGUGGUUCAAGGAGGAAGCUACUGCUGCUAUGUCUACUGGUGGUUUUCUUCUCCGAGGAUGGGAAUAUUCUGAUCCGACAUUGAUCCAGGACAGCACGCCAGUACUUGGUCUUACAUGGAAUAAAGGCCAGGACACACUAUCGCUGACAAAAUCGGCGCUGGAGGAAUCUAUGCCCGAAAAGGUAACGAAAAGGCGUAUUUUGUCAGCUACGCAAAAGAUAUUUGAUCCGAUCGGUUUAGUGUGCCCGGUGCUGCGCCCAAAAUUACUGUUACAGAAAUUGUGGUCAACGGACUUAGAUUGGGAUACGGAGGUGAAUGAGGAGGUCAAGAACACUUUCAGAGAGUGGCACCAACAACUGAGUCUCUUAACGGAACUACGUAUACCUCGAUGGAUUUUUGGAGAUGAGCGGAGAGGAUACUCGACGUCAUUUCACGUUUUUGUCGACGCCAGCCAGGAUGCAUACGCGGCGGUCCUCUUCGCACGAACCGAGUCUCCAAGCGGAGUCAAAGUUCAACUCAUCGAGGCUAAAGCAAGAGUGGCUCCGUUGGGAAAGUCGACUAUACCUCGUCUAGAGCUUCUUGCUGCGACGAUUGGUGCCCGACUAAUGACCUUCACCCUGGGCUCUCUGGGGAGACAACAAGCAGAAAAAUAUUUUUGGAGUGACUCCAUGACGGUCUUGUCCUGGAUUAAACAAGAGAAGCAGUGGGCAACCUUCGUAUGGAACAGAACAAGAGAGAUUCGGCAGCUCACCGAGCCGGAACACUGGUAUCAUCUCCCUGGAUCAAUGAACCCGGCCGAUCUGCCGUCUCGAGGAUGUAGCACGAGGCAAUUACUUGAUUCAAAAUGGUGGGAGGGUCCUGAAUGGCUCAGGAAAUCUCGUGAACAAUGGCCCUCAGUCGAUUAUAUCGUAGACGAAACAGAAGUCAACAAGGAGAUUAAAAAGUCCACGUUCAAAGUAAAGAAGGCCGAGGCGUCGGUACAGUGUGAAGUAGCGAUGAGUAACACUUGUAAAGGAGUUCCUGAUCGAGAAGGUCGAUGGUAUCUCAGAGGAUCCUUCACAUUCGAAAAUUCUACGCAUGAUGGCCUGGGUUCUACGUUUCAUCGCAAAAUGCCGGAAGAACCGCUCUAA